AUGAAUCCCAGCAGCAUUGUGGCUGUGCUGCCUCCACUGCGAGCCCUUCCUGAUGAUGGAUCGGACUACUUUGCAGCGCUUCUCCGAUCAAGCGGCGACUUUCGGGAGGCAUCGGGCAUCCGGGCCCGGAUCUUGGAAAGCGAGCAUCGUCAGAAUCUCUACCUUGCCAAUCUCACGAUCCAAGUCUAUGGAAAGUUUGGCAGGAUUGACGAGGCACGCGCGGUCUUUGAUGCCAUCAACCGCCCAAACGUUUUCUCGUGGACUAUCCUCCUCACGGCAUAUGCCCAAAGAGGGCAUCUGGACGAUGCCAAACGGGUUUUUGACAAGAUGCCCGAGCGCAACCACGUCGCGUGGAAUGGGCUCCUCGCGAACGGGCAUCUGGAAAAAGCCCAGGAGAUAUUCCAAAGCAUGCCGGAGAGAGACGUAGUUUCCUGGACUGCGAUCAUCACCGUUUAUUCCGACAAAGGCCAAGUUCUCUCAGCGAAAAAACUCUUCGAUUCCAUGCCUGGCAGGAACAUCGCUUCCUGGAAUGCGAUGAUCCAAGUCUACUCCCGCAGCGGGAACCUCCAAGAGGCCAACCAGCUCUUCCACCGAAUGCCCGAGCGCGACUUCGUCUCGUGGAUCAACAUCAUCACCGCCAACGUUCACUGCGGGAGCAUCGAACAGGCAAAGUCAGUCUUUGACGAGAUUCCCGAACAAGAAACUCAAUCCUGGAAUGCGAUGCUUACCGGUUACGCCCAGCACGGGAACUUGGAGGCCGCCAAGAGCAUCUUCGACAGCAUGAAGCACCGGAACAUCGUUUCCUGGAACUCCAUGAUCCAAGUCCACGUCCAAAAGGCCAACUUAGCCGAGGCAAAGCAGCUCUUUGACAGGAUGCCCGAGCGAAACCUCCCGUCCUGGACUGCUCUGAUCACUGCCUACGCGCAGGAAGCCGACGUGAGGUCGGCCAAGCAGGUCUUCGACAGCAUGCCCGAGCUCGACGUAGUCGCGUGGUCGACGAUGAUAACUUGCUGCGCACAAGCCCGCCAUCUUCGCGAUGCCAAAGAAACCUUCGACACUAUGCCGGAGAGGAACCUGGUUGCCUGGACCAACAUGAUAACUGCGUACGCUCAGUCUGGAAAACUGGACGAGGCCCGAGAGAUGUUUGAAAGAAUGCCGGUACGUGAUGGAGUAGCCUGGAACACCAUGAUCUCUGCUUAUGCCAACCACGGUUAUCCGGACGAGGCCAAGGUCCUGUUUGAUGGAAUGCCGCAGCCCGACAUGGUGUCCUGGAACGUGAUAAUGGAGUCUUAUGCCCAGAACAACCAGCUCCUCGAAGCAAGGACCACCUUUGAGAAGAUGCCCGAGCGGGAUAUAGUUGCCUGGACUGUGCUUGUGGCCGCGUACGCCCAAGCAGGACAUCUGAUCAAAGCCAGGAAGAUCUUCGACUGCCUCCCGAAACAAAACGUUGUGUCCUGGACAGCCAUGAUAGCUGCUUAUGCCCAUUCUGGCCAUGGUAAGCUUGCCGUCGAGCUCUUCCAACUGAUGGAUCUCGACGGACUCAGCCCCGAUGAGAUCACGGUCACGGGUCUUUUGAGUGCCUGUAGUCACGGUGGCCUCUUCAAGGAAAGCUUGCAGUACUUCGGCUUCAUGAACCAGGACUACGGAUUAAAUCCGUCUGCCGAGCACUACUGCUGCAUGAUCAACGUUCUCGGCCGUGCUGGGCAGCUGAAGCAUGCGCAGGAGCUACUCCAAGGGAUGCCAUACCUUCCCGAUGGCACAACUUUGGGAGCCUUGCUGGGAGUGUGGUCAGCUUACGGUGGUGCGUCUGCCGGAUCAAAUAUAGCCGAGCGCGUCGUUGAGCUGGACCCUGAGAACUCGGCACCAUAUAUCUCUCUGGCUAACAUCUUCGCAGCUGAAAGUCGUCGUCGAAGAGCCUCGACUUAA